GCCGACUGGUGCGGACGUGCAAACAUCGGCUCCCGAUAUCAUCAAUGAUUUCACGAGGUUAUUCACGCUAAAUCGAAGUGAAUUGUGUACCAACGAAAGCAGCAAGUUACACGGAUUCCGUGGAUACCGGAUUUAUUUCGGUGGGUGGAUUCUUUCUCAACAUUUUCUGCAUUCGAAUUCUCAACCUCGUCGUUCAAAGGCGGGUAGGCCUAGGCCUAACACCGCAAGUCAGUCAUUGCCGCCAUGGAAAUCGUCCCCGGUGAGACGAUAUCGCCGGAAGAUGCGAAUGACCCGGGCUGGAUUGCGGCGUAUAACCGCAAAUCACGCAAGGUAAAGGCCAGUCAACCACAAGGAGCAAGUUCAAGUACUCGUGGCAGACGAAGGGACGGUGAGCGCACCGCCGGACCGAACAGCGCAUACCAGCGCCUCGUCGCUACCUCGAGACUCCCUCAGCUACCGAGGGACACGUUCCGUAUAAUCGUGAGACCCCGAGACGGUCUUAACGUGGCCAAAUCUACACCAGUGCAGGUUGAGCAAGCCCUGGCAAUGGCGGCAGCCCUGGCUCCUCAAGACCUCACGGAAGACUCCAUCUGCCCCAACGUAACUCAGAAUAUCUUCAUCAUCUGCACCCCCAGCGAACGUAAUGCAAGAGCAUACGCCACGGUGCAACAAAUUCGCAUGAAAGACACUACGUAUCGGGUCGCAGUAUACCCGGCGCCACCCGAUGAUACCUGCAAAGGCGUAGUCCGAGGCAUUGACCUCGAGCUCAACGACUCCCAACUCCGAGAACUGAUCGUCACGAAACGCAACCCCAACGCCUUGGAGGUGAAGAGAAUCAAGAACACCACAGCCGUGACAAUCCUUUUCCAAGGAAUGCAAGUACCAAAUUACAUCUACUGCGGAGCAAGCAUUGUUCGAUGCACACUCUUUCGCAGACACACAGAAGUUUGCUACAACUGUGGCAACAUCGGUCACCGCGCGGAUGUCUGCCCUAACCCCAGUACGACGUGGUGCCGGAAGUGUGGCAUCAAAACUCCAGCGGAAGAUCACCAGUGUUCCCCUCACUGCACCCUGUGCGGCGGACCGCACCCCACCGCCGACAAGGACUGCAAGCGCAAGUUUCAGGUCCCUUACAUCGUUCGACAGAGACGCCGCCGCAGACGCAACCGACGCGGCCGUAGCCGCUCCCAAGGACCAAGCGGCGCCAGUCACAAGGACUCGGCCGCCACCUCGGGUAUUCCCGUAGCGACCACAAGGAGUCGCUCGGUCACGCCGUCACCCGAGCGCCGCAGCGCCCUACGCAGCAGCCGCUCCCGCUCCAGGGGACGACGCAGCAGCCGGUCCUGCUCCAGGGGGCGCCCUACAUCCGGCCCCACGGAACUGACGUGGGCCGACCGAGUACGAGGGAGACAUCACCAGCAGCAGCAACGGGACGUUUCAUCUACCAGACAGAUGACAUCACCAUCUGGAGCCCGGGAGGCUCCCUGGCAGACAUGGAGCAGGCAUUACAGUCUGCCCUAGAUGCCACGGAGGAGUACCUACUAGAGACAGGAAUGAAGCUAUCUUCCAAGAAAUCGGAACUCUUACUAUAUCGCAAGUCUUGCCAAGGAGUCCGAUACCUAACUCCUCUAGACGAACUUCCGAUCGCACUACAUACAAGUGACGGCCAACAGAUUCCGCGAGUCGACCACAUUCGCAUUCUUGGGCUUCUAAUCGAAGCCACCGGAUGCCACGCACACUCGAUCAAACACUUAACCGCCAAAACCGAAAAUAUGAUCAGACUCAUCCACAGAGUCUCAGGGCGCAGGAAGGGUCUCUGCGAAGAUAACCUACUGCGCGUAUACCACGCGUUCCUUAUGAGCCAUAUUAAUUACGUCGCCUCUGCCCACAACUGGACGAAAACAGAAAAGACGAAACUGAACACGCUCAUGCGCAAGAGCAUCAAACAGGUCUUGGGCAUUCCACAAAGAGCAAGUACAGCAAUGGUUGAUCAGCUAGGCAUGCACAACAACAUCGACGAAGUGAUCGAGGCUCAGACUAUGGCGCAAAUACUCCGCCUAUCCUCGUCCAAAGCCGGUAGACUAAUUUUAGGCGAAGCUAAUGUCUCCCCAUCUCCCUAUCUCGAACACGCUGUUACCCUACCGAGUGAAAUUAGAGACAACUACAGAGUCUCACCGUUUCCCAGAAACGUCCACCCACUAUACAACGUGGGUAGGCGUCGGGCCCGCGCCCGCGCGAUUCUCGACCGCACAGACGCGGAUCGUGAAGCCACCGCAUUUGUUGACGCGGCCCAGUACGGCAAUACAUCAACUUUCGCGAUAGCAGUUGUGGACGGCAACGGAACGUUACGGUCAUCGGCAUCGGUUAAAUCGACCACUAGCGCUAAAGCCGAACAGAUAGCCGUAGCCAUCGCCAUGGCAGACCCCACAUUUACCCAUGUCCUCACGGAUUCGCGUGCUGCAAUUCGGGCUUACGAAAGCGGCAAUGUACCGAAAGAGGUAGCGCAUAUAUUACUAGCGAGCUCAAACGAGUGCAAACGGUGCCUCUCCUGGUUCCCCGCUCACAUGGGGAAGGACAUCCACCCGCAAAAACCCAACCUCAAUGAAACGGCCCAUGACCGUGCGCGAGAACUUGCCCGCCGCGACGGUCCCACGGCCUCCGAGGGGCUGGACAUUCAGUUCAAUGACCCGCUACUCACAUAUCAAGAAAUCACCUCACACUAUCGAAAAGGCAGAAUGAAAUACCCGCUCCCGCACGCCAAACUCGAGCGCGCGCAGGCGGCCGCGUUUCGAAUGCUGCAAACGGCCUCGUAUCCGUCACGAGGCCUAUUAAGCCACUACAAUUCAGAAAUCCCGGCAAAUUGCACAGACUGCCCAGAACCCUACUGCUCACUCUCGCACAUGCUUUGGCAAUGUACCGCGUUACCAGAGGGCCCUCUCUCCAGUGAGCGCGAAUGGGAAGAAGCCCUCAAAAGCCCGGACCUCAAACUGCAAUUCAAGGCCGUCCAGAGGGCCCAAGAACUGGCGGAGCGUCACCACGUUCCCGUCCCGACUUGGGCGUCGCCUACGGUUUCGGCCCAAGGAGCUCGCCGCGUGCGAUCUCCAACGGCUUAGACCCCUCAGGACCUCAAUAAAGUUCUUGACUGA